UAACAGACAAUCCCUUUCUGGCCCGCUAUCAUGUUUCCGGUGUCCCUGAAACAACCAGCUUGAUAGAUUCACAUUAGACCGAGCCUUUACAUACCCGGUGCUCUGCAAAUCUCGUCGGCGUGCUACUUCGGUUUAUAAAUGAAAGCUCUCCUAUGUCUAUUCUAAAAUUCAUUCAACUUCAAGUUCAUUCUAUACAACCCCCUCUAUCCUGGGGUCCGCCACAUAUCCGACAUGGCACCAACGCUCACCAACGCAAGCCAGGUGGAUUUAAGAGAGUACCUCCUGCAGAGGCUUGCCCAGCUCGGUCUAAGUUCAAUCCACGGGGUUCCUGGCGACUGUAAUCUCACUGUCCUUGACUACCUCAAACCAACUGGCCUCCACUGGGUUGGAAAUGCCAACGAACUGUGCGCCGGCUAUGCUGCAGAUGGAUACGUUCGAAUCAAAGCUCCUAGGUCUGCAUCAAUCGACCAGUACUCGCUGUGGCUGCGCAUGUCGAACUUCCUUCAACCAGGCGACAUCGUGAUGACAGAGACCGGCACUGCGUCUUACGGUGGUCAGGGCCUUGCUCUCCCGAAUGGGACGACCCUGAUCAACUCUUCCAUCUGGCCCUCCAUCGGCUAUAUGCUCCCAGCUUGUCAGGGCGCAGAAUUAGUGGAGAGAGACAUGGCCAACGCAGGAACACGCGCCCUAGGCCGCACGAUAUUGUUCGAAGGCGACGGCAGUCUCCAGAUGACUGCGCAGGCAAUCAGCGAUAUCAUUCGCAACAAGCUCGAUGUGAUUAUCUUUUCCUCAACAACAACGGAUACACGAUCGAGCGGAUACUGCAUGACUUUUACAGCUAUAAUAUGGGGACGUGUGAAAUCGAAGCCGAGACGACUACCUUCGCAGGCUUUUACGGCUGCGUUUCACGCGUAA